CGAUCGCAAUCCUUCCUUGCGUGAAAAGGCAACCUCGGGGCUUUUCACUGCUUCUCCCUUUCCCCCCGUUGCAUGUCCGAAAGGACGAGCGAUCUAGUGGUUGGGAUACUCACAUUCGGGGAAAAUGCUGGAAGGCAGUUCCCAAACGUUCCUGGGGGAUUCCACCCCCGGAUCCCUGCUAUCGUCAAACCCGAACACAGCAUUCCAGUCCCCCAAGUCGCAGCCCUUCUGUGGCGACGUCGAGGGCUGGGGCCCGAUUAGCAAGUUCAGAUUCGAUUUGACGCCAUGCUUUCUAGAUGCCGGAGUGGCUGUCGUUGCAGCAUGGGGUCUGCUUAUGGGUACAGGUGCUGUGUGGUUCCUGCUUAAAAAGCGAAUCCCUCAGCCUGUGUCGAAGAACUGGCAUUUUUAUGCCAAGCUGGUCGUUUUGUCCGCCUUAAUCUUUGCUACUGCCCUACAGGCAGCCAUUCAGGUCGAAACUUACCCGGAUACCUGGUUUGCCGACUUUCAAUUUUGGAGCUCAGUCCUUGUGCUUGCUUCUCUCGGCGUCAUCUUUGCAGUGCAGUAUCAUGAGCACUGGCGCAGCAGGCAGCCCAACGGCGUCGUCUUGUUCUACUGGCUCUUCUUCACCAUCGUCUACGGAAUCAAAUUGCGGUCGCUUGUGGCACGAAAGGCAUAUCAGGAUCAGCUUCCAUAUUUCGUUACUUUCUCGGUGAGCUUGGGGCUGGCGCUCUUGGAAUUCGCUCUAGAGUACUUGGUCCCCAAGAAACAGAGCGCCUACGAUGCGUUGGGCGACGAGGAUGAAUGCCCUUAUGAAUAUGCAGAUAUCUUCUCGGUCCUUACUUUCAGCUGGAUGACCCCGAUGAUGAAAUUCGGCUACAAGAACUUUUUGACCCAAGAUGAUCUCUGGAACCUCCGCCGUCGCGAUACAACCGGCGUGACUGGGGCGACACUGAGGGAGAACUGGGAACAUGAGCUGAAGAAGAGCAAUCCUUCUCUAUCGUUGGCUUUGAUCAAAUCAUUCGGUGGCUCUUUCUUGCGUGGUGGAAUAAUCAAAUGCGGAAGCGACACGCUGGCCUUCGUCCAGCCCCAGCUUCUGCGUCUGCUGAUCAACUUCAUCAAUUCCUACCGGACCGACGAGCCUCAACCAGUCAUUCGGGGUGUGGCCAUAGCCCUCGCCAUGUUUCUGGUGUCUGUAUCGCAGACCAUGUGUCUUCACCAAUACUUCCAAAGGGCCUUUGACACCGGUAUGCGCGUCAAGUCUGCUCUGACUGGCCUGAUCUAUGCGAAGUCACUGAGACUCUCAAGCGAGGGCCGCUCAACGAAGACAACUGGUGACAUUGUCAAUCAUAUGGCUGUCGAUCAGCAGCGCUUGUCCGAUCUCACCCAGUUCGGUGUUCAGCUAUGGUCCGCGCCGUUCCAGAUCACCCUCUGCAUGCUCUCUCUCUAUCAGCUUGUCGGAUACAGCAUGUUCGCGGGAAUCGGUGUAAUGCUACUCAUGAUUCCGUUGAACGGUGUGAUAGCUCGGAUGAUGAAGAAGCUGCAGCUUAUUCAGAUGAAGAACAAGGAUUCAAGAUCACGACUGAUGACGGAGAUUUUGAACAACAUCAAGAGUAUCAAACUUUACGCAUGGAAUACAGCCUUCAUGAACAAGCUCAGCCACAUCCGUAAUGACUUGGAAUUGAACACGCUCCGCAAAAUCGGUGCGACACAGUCCAUUGCAAACUUUACCUGGCAGUCCACCCCCUUCCUUGUCUCUUGCUCCACAUUCACUGUCUACGCCUUGACGCAAGACAAGCCUCUUACCACGGAUGUGGUGUUUCCGGCCUUGACACUCUUCAAUCUGCUUACUUUCCCGCUCUCUAUCCUUCCAAUGGUCAUCACGGCUGUCAUUGAGGCCUCGGUGGCUGUCAAGCGUCUAACGGAUUAUUUCACUGCAGAGGAAUUGCAAACCGACGCUGUCAAGAUUGAGGAUACCGUUUCUCAUAUCGGCGACGAGUCUGUCAGGAUCCAGGAUGCUUCCUUCACAUGGAACAGAUACGAAGGCACGCACGUGAUCGAAAACAUCAGCUUCAGUGCCCGUAAGGGUGAGCUCAGCUGCAUUGUUGGGAGAGUUGGAGCUGGUAAAUCGUCUUUGCUUCAGUCAUUGCUGGGUGAUUUGUGGAGGACCGAAGGUGAAGUUGUUGUACGAGGUCGCAUUGCCUAUGUUGCCCAAUCGCCCUGGGUCAUGAACGCAAGCGUCCGUGAAAACAUCGUUUUUGGUCAUCGCUGGGACCCCCAAUUCUACGACCUCACCGUCGAGGCAUGUGCUUUGCUGGACGAUUUCAAGAAUCUGCCGGAUGGUGAUCAAACCGAAGUUGGUGAAAGAGGAAUCUCACUGUCUGGAGGACAAAAGGCUCGGUUGACCCUCGCUAGAGCUGUCUAUGCUCGUGCCGACAUUUACCUUCUCGAUGAUGUGCUCUCUGCAGUCGAUCAACAUGUGGGAAGACAUCUCAUCAACAGGGUUCUUGGUCAAAACGGUAUCCUGAGCACCAAAACUAGGAUCCUUGCGACAAAUGCUAUUCCUGUUUUGAAGGAGGCUGAUUACAUCGGCCUGCUGCGCAACAAGACCAUUAUCGAGAGCGGAACCUAUGAACAAUUGCUGGCUAUGAAGGGUGAGGUCGCGAACCUGGUUCGUACCACGAUGAACGACUCGGACGACGACGAAGAGUCUGGCACUGAUAGCCGUGACCUAGCGAGCCCUGAAAGCUCGGAAUCUGCCACUGUAAUCGACAACGCGGAGUCUGACUCGGAUCCCGAGGAUGCUGAGCGAGAAAUCGGUGCCCUUGCUCCAAUUAGGGCUGCUGGUGGUAGAAGAACAAGCACUGUAACUCUGCGGCGUGCGAGCACUGCCAGCUGGAAGGGCCCUAGGCGGAAGCUAGGGGACGAAGAAAAUGUCCUGAAGAGCAAGCAAACCCAAGAGACAUCGCAGCAAGGCAAAGUCAAGUGGAGUGUUUAUGGAGAGUACGCUAAGAACAGUAACAUCGUUGCCGUUUGCUUCUACCUGGUCGCCCUCCUGGGAGCCCAGACUGCGCAGGUCUUAGGCAGUUUUUGGCUUAAGCACUGGUCUGAAGUUACCGAAGCUCAGCCAGGUGUGCCUGUCGGCAAAUACAUUGGUAUCUACUUGGCCUUUGGUUUGGGAUCAUCCCUUCUGGUCAUCCUUCAGAAUUUGAUCUUGUGGAUUUUCUGUUCUAUUGAGGCUUCCCGCAAACUUCAUGAACGCAUGGCAUUCGCCAUUUUCCGUUCUCCCAUGAGCUUCUUCGAGACAACACCAUCCGGCCGAAUUCUUAACCGAUUCUCUAGCGACGUCUAUCGCAUUGAUGAAGUGCUUGCGCGGACUUUCAACAUGCUCUUCGGAAACUCUGCCAAAGCCAUUUUCACCAUGAUUGUUAUCGCAUCCUCAACCCCGGCGUUCCUCAUUCUGGUGGUUCCCUUGAGCUACGUAUACUUCAGCUACCAAAAGUACUACCUCCGCACAUCGCGUGAACUGAAGCGCUUGGACAGCGUUACGCGCAGUCCUAUCUAUGCUCAUUUCCAGGAGUCUCUGGGGGGCAUUUCGACGAUUCGUGCCUAUAGACAGGAAGAGCGAUUUACUCUGGAGAACGAGUGGCGAAUGGAUGCGAAUGUGCGUGCAUACUUUCCAUCCAUCAGUGCCAACCGUUGGCUGGCUGUGCGUCUCGAGUUCAUUGGCUCUGUAAUCAUCCUGGCUUCCGCGGUACUUUCUAUCGUUUCCGUAGCGACCGGCAGUGGGAUAUCUGCUGGCAUGGUUGGUCUAGCCAUGUCCUACGCUCUACAGAUUACCCAAUCCCUGAACUGGAUCGUCCGCCAGACGGUCGAGGUUGAGACCAACAUCGUGUCGGUUGAGCGUGUACUAGAGUACGCAAGCCUGCCCAGCGAGGCACCAGAGGUGAUUUUCAAGCAUCGUCCUGCUAUUGGCUGGCCAGCGCAAGGCGCGGUAUCGUUCAACAACUACAGCACACGUUACCGCCCAGGGCUUGAUCUCGUGCUCAAAGAUAUCAAUCUUGAUAUCAAGCCCCACGAGAAGAUCGGCGUGGUUGGUCGCACAGGUGCAGGCAAGAGUUCACUGACUCUGGCACUGUUCCGCAUUAUCGAACCAGAUAAUGGCAGCAUCAGCAUCGACGGACUGAACGUGUCGACCAUUGGUCUUUUCGACCUGCGGGGCCGCCUUGCCAUCAUUCCUCAAGAUCCGGCCAUGUUUGAAGGAACCGUACGGGAUAAUUUGGACCCACGACAUGUGCAUGAUGACACCGAACUCUGGAGCGUGCUUGAACAUGCGCGACUUAAAGAUCACAUCGCGCAAAUGGACGGUCAGUUGGAUGCCCAAAUUCAGGAAGGAGGAUCCAAUCUCAGUCAAGGGCAGCGACAGCUGGUUUCCCUGGCGCGAGCGCUGUUGACGCCUAGUAAUAUUCUCGUGCUGGACGAGGCAACGGCGGCAGUGGAUGUGGAAACGGACGCAUUGCUGCAACGCACGUUGCGCAGCAGCAUUUUCCAAGACCGGACGAUCAUCACUAUCGCACAUCGUAUCAAUACCAUUAUCGAUUCUGAUCGAAUCGUGGUGCUCGACAAGGGCCGGGUGGUCGAGUUCGACACGCCUGCGGAGCUGAUCAAGCGCGAAGGCCGGUUUUAUGAGCUGGUCAAAGAGGCCGGACUCCUUGACAGCAGCGACGGGCCUGGAGUUACGCAACAAUCCUAGCGCUUAUGACGAACAUGGCGCUUCCAAGAUGGCCGGAAGGGUAGCCUGUCUGGUUUCAGGCCGAUCCCUCGCCCCCGACAUGACUCACUGGGCUGCGUUAUGAGACUGCGUACCAUGCGU